AUGUCCUCUCUUCCCCUAUCACUUCCGGCGCUCAACCCACCUCCAGCCAUACGGCAGCCCGCCGACCUCCCAACGUCUGACCCUUCUCUCGCGACAGAGCUCAUGCCCGCCCCUCCUCCAUUAUCCUACGUGACAAACCCCUCGUCGCACCACGGCCAGCGGCUGCCCAUCCUCACCCGCUCGGGCGCCAACCGUUAUCUCCCCAGCGUGGACCUCGGCACGACCUACACAGGACAUGGGAUCCUACCGCCUGGGGCGGGCAGCUUGGAAACUCCCCCUCCGACGGUGCUGGGAGAAGGAGGAGAACCGGUAAAGCCGAAGAGGAAUACAAGGGGGGCUGCGCUGGGGCCAAAUGCAAAAUCUACAGCGGUAAACCGCGUCCAGCGGGUAACACGCUCAUCCCGGCCUGCAACGGAUUCUCCAGCUCCAGGGAGUCAUUCCACACCUCCUCCACCCGUAGCAGGUCCAUCCGGCACUACACACGCCGUUGAAGAGGUGGAUGACGCCCCCGAGCGCCCGCCAAAGAGGCAAAAAGUGGAAAAUAAGGGCAAGGGUAAGGAGAAAGAGCCUAUCAAGGAGGGCGAACCCAUACAGAUGAACAAGGACUACUGCGAGACUUGCGGCGGGAUCGGAGAGUUUAUCUGCUGUGAUGGAUGUACGAGAAGUUACCAUUUCUUAUGUUUGAACCCCCCUGUCGAAUUGGACGACAUCCCCGAGGACAAGUGGUACUGCGGCGUGUGCUUGUAUAACCACAAAUCACAUCCCAAGCUAACGAAUCGAUUUCUUGGUGCACUUGCCCAGAAGGUGGAAAGCGAGUCGCCCAAAAUCUUCAAACUACCAGACCCAAUACGCGAGUACUUCAAGAGCGUAACUACUGGCCUGACUGGUGAAUAUGUACAACAAGGACAAGCACGAGGAGGGCGACUAAACAAAUACGGCGCUGUGGAGGAGCGCGACCCAUACCGGCUGAAGGACAAGAACGGCAAACCAAUCCUAUGCUACAAAUGCAAAGGCCCCGCCGUUCCUGUCACCCUCCCCGAAGCACAGCGUAAGACACGCGCGGGCUCUGUGAAAACCAUCACGCGACCGAUCAUUUCCUGUGACUUUUGCAGCCAGCAUUGGCAUUAUGAUUGUUUGGAGCCACCUCUAGUGCACCCGCCAGCGAAUUGGAAGAAAUGGCAGUGUCCGUUACAUGUGGAGCAGCUCUUCCCUAUGAAACGCAUACCUGCUAAAGGUGUCAAGACUGUCGAUGUCAACCAGCGAAAUAAACCAAAUAAUGGCAUCAUCGAUGUCAUCUUCCCUGAGGAAGAUCUGUCCUCCAUGAAAGUGGAGAACGUCGUCAUUAAUGGGAAGCGGUAUCGGAUACCGGAGAAGACCAUCAUUCUCGAUUUUUGGGAUGCGUUGCAAGGCAAGCGACCAGAGCCUGCUGGUACAGAAUCUGUCCGCACGUCCGUAGCCCCAACCGACGUACUGACGCCACUCCCCAAUCCAGCAUUAACGAGAACCGCCGGCCUCGACAGUGCCUUCUCAUCUCCUCUUUCCUCACUAUCCUCCCUCAGUUCUGUGUCGGACGAGGAUAUGUUGAGCGAUACCCUUAGCGAGCAGCUAGAGGAAGACCACAAGUUCCCACCAUCUGCGGUUGAAACCUCUCCUGUGCUCAGAGGGAUGUCAACCCCACCACAACAAGUUGGGGAGAGACACAUCAACGAGCACGAUGCAGCCGAGAUACUGGUCUCUUUUAGCCACGGAACUGCUCCGAACAUUCCUGAGCUUCCGGUUGGUCUGGGGAUAUUCCAGUCUACGCCUCUGACAGAUCGGACCAAUCACGAAAUCGAACGUCCCUCUACACCUCCUAUGCCCCGCAAGGUGCUUCGUUCAGCCACAAAGACAAAUGGUAGCUCGACAGGCUCUGCAAGACCUUCCAACGCUACCCCUGGUUCUGUGGCCAAAGGUAGCAUCUUGUCUUCAGCACGUGAGCAGCUCAAGAACGAUGUACACAUGGCGUUGUUACCGUCUUCUCGGCCGUCAUCCCCCAUGAUUGUAUCUUCUACACCCUCCUCCCCACAACCAAAGCCGGGCAUCACUGUCAAGCAGAAGGAGGAUGGAUCCUUCACGCUGAGAUUGCCUUCACUCAAGCGCACGCUCAGUCAUCAAAACAAUCAUGCAAUGCCGUCCAAGGCUGUUGAGGAAGAUGCCUCUUCUCUUCCCCUCGAGGAAAUCAACAGAUUGCAAGCCGUGCGGCGACUACUGCAGAAGAAGGGGGAGUCGGCUCUGCUCAAGUUUCUCGAAUCAUAA